AUGGCAAAUCUCGACCCUAUUAUACAAAUUGAUCGAGGCUUAAAUCGUAUUGAAAAUCAUCUUAGAAACGUUGGGACACCAUUAAACAAUCCUAUCAAUAUUAUAAAUGGCAUUAGAGGUUCUUUGAAUGCUGUUAGACAUAAUUAUCAAUCUGCGUACCAGGAUAUAGAUGAUGUCAUCGCCCAACGGGAUGAUCGAGAUAAUCAGAUAACUUGGCUACAACAGGACAUUAAUAGAUAUAGACAGCUCGAUACACUCCAACAAAAUCAUAUCAAUCAACUAACCCAAGAUGGUAUUACUUUGCAGAAUCGUGUAAGGGAUAUAGAAAGAUCUCAUGUCGAUUGUUUACCUAUACUCUAUAACCAUUUACCAGAAAAUUUAGAACUCCGAGUUAGAAUGACAGCCCCUGCAACCAAAGACGCUUUCUUUACAAAUCUUAGAAAUUGUUGGUUAGAAUCAAAUGGGAGUAGGAGUAAUAUUCAAUCACCUAAUAUUGCUUCGCAGACACAUAUGACUAUACCCACCCCACCCCCUCAAAUUCAAUAUUACCAACACCCCCAACCUCAAUCUCAACCCCAACAGCAAUCUCAGGAAAAUGAAAAAAAGUCAACAGAAUAUUUAGAAAGUAUUGCUAUGAGAUUAGGAUAUUCAGACAGUGCAUCUCGAAAUCCCGAUGCUUUAGAAAAUUUUAUCGAAGAUGAGUUAUACUCAAGAUUAGGACAUGCAAAUUAUCAUCUAAGAAGAGAGCCUUUUGGUCAAGUUAGAGAGGUUAAUACCAGAGUGAUUACCAGAGCUAGUACUUCAGGUGCUAAAAAAGUAUAUACUACAAAGAAACCGCAGAAGCCUACUAAAGUUACUUACAAAUGCUCAAAUUGUGGAAAAAAAUUGGAAAAUUCCGAUCAAGAGGAUGAGCCUAUUGAAAUUCCUGUAAAGAAGAAGUCUUCUAUUAAGAAAAAAUCGAUUGUUACUCUGGAGCAGGAAGUAUUUCUUGAAUCUCUUAAACAUAUGAUAUCCGAAUUAAUACCUCAUUGUCCUAAAGAGAUUCUCAUUGAAGUUCGUACAUUUCUUAAUAGCCUGUUUAUAAAAAUGAAGGAUCAAUUCGAUUUACAUUAUGGUGAAAAGUAUACAGUCAAAGAAAGAAAUAAGGGUUCAGAUUCUUCAGAUCUUAUAUCUCCUUCAGAAAAACUUAGCCAUAACAAAGACACUGAAUAUCACUCUUUAAAUCAUGCCAUUAAA